AUGGGAGAAGAAAUGAAGCACGAGAUCGCGAUAGUUGGCAGUGGAAUUGGCGGACUUGCCGCAGCUCUUGCGCUUCACAGGAAAGGUUUCAAAGAUGUGGCGAUUUAUGAAAGAUCAGAGAGCCUGAGAGCAGAGGGGACAACGAUAACGAUACAAUCUAACGGAUGGCGGGCGCUUGAUCAGCUUGGUGUUGGACCGCAACUUAGGGACAAAGCUAUUCUUAUUGAAGGAGGAGAAGAGAUAUGGAUUGACCGAGGAAGGAGACAGAGGAUGGCUUUUGUGACUGGAGAAGUUCGUUGCUUGAAAAGAAAAGACUUGAUAAACGCCCUCACUAAUGCUUUGCCACCAAAAACCAUAAGGUUUGGAUGCAAUGCAGUUGCUGUGAAAUUGGAUCCUCAAACUAUGUCCACUGUCCUUCAACUUGAUGAUAACAAGAUUAUUCGAGCUAAGAUUCUGAUAGGAUGUGAUGGAUCUAACUCGAAAGUUGCAGAGUACCUUGGGUCGAAACCUACAUCACUAUUUACUGUUGCUUCAAUCAGAGGCUUGAGAAACUAUCCAAAUGGUCAUGGUUUUCCUCCUCAGUUUGUCCGAAUGAAGCUUGAUCAGGGUAAAAAUGGAAGUUUGGACAUUGGACGGAUCCCUGUCGAUGAUAAGUUGGUAUACUGGUACAUUUCUGUGCCAUUGUCCCGAUUAGAUGGCAAAUUUCCUGAUGACCCAGAACUUAUGAAGCAAGUCACCUUAAAAAUCAUGAAGGACUUCCCAACUGAUGCAGUAGAGAUGAUAGAGAAAAGCGAGCUAGACACGCUGACCUUCACACGCAUCAGAUACCGCCAUCCAUGGGAGACCCUGACAGGCAAAUUCAACAAAGGAUCAGUGGCUGUACUAGGGGAUGCAAUGCACGUUAUGGGUCCGUUUUUAGGGCAGGGCGGUUCUGCAGCGUUAGAAGACGCCGUGGUUCUUGCUAGGAAUAUAGGGCAGAAGAUUAGUCCUCUCAAUCUAUCUGGAGAAGGGGAAGGACAAAGUAUGAUGAACCACAAGAAGAUUGAAGAAGCGUUAGAUCAAUAUGUCAGAGAGCGAAGGAAGAGGAUUGUAUUACUGUCAUUGAACACUUACCUAGUUGGUAUCAUUUCAGGAAGCAUAUCGCCUGUGGCAAAAUUUAUCGCCAUUGUCUUGUUAGUUAUUCUUUUCAGAGAUCAAAGUGCACAUUCAAAAUAUGAUUGUGGCAAACUCUGAGGAAAAGUGUCCAGACAGACUAGAACCAGCACAUGCUAUUUGCAAUUCCCUGAAUAUCUUUACUUUUCAGAUUCCUAUUGAAAAUGCUGCUAGUUAUUUAUCACUGAUCGAACCCGUCUAAACUUCAGUUCUCUGGAUCUUAGGUGUGAUUAGAUUUCCUAAAAUAGUAUGUAAAAAACGAUGUACUUAAACAGAAUGAAAACGGUCUGAAAAGUACUCAAAAACCUCCUACUUUCCC